AUGACUGCAGAAAUCGUCAUGAACGCCACUAUUCCGGCGCACCCAUAUUUCCCUGCAGAGGCUGUACUCCCAGGCUACGUUGCCAACACGUUUAGCGCGCAUGCGCUGCGUGGGAUGUUUGCCGCAGGGGCAACCGCCAUACUCGUACCGACAUACCGCAUCAUCAGAAGAACGAGCCCAAACCUCCCUAAUGGCGAGGUCGCCACGGCACUGUGGUUCACCCUCAGCGCCUUUAUCCAUCUCUUCUUCGAAGGUCAGUCAUCCGUGCUCGGCCACCUAGCCUUCAUCUACCUUGGACAAGGCAUGCCGGCCUCCCUCCACAUCUUCGGCCAGCUCUGGAAAGAAUACUCCCUCUCAGACUCCCGCUACCUGACCCAGGACUCCUUCAUCGUCUGCAUGGAGACCAUCACCGCCUUCUGCUGGGGUCCUCUGUCCUUCGCGUGCGCAUACUUCAUCGUCACCGGCCACCCCCUCCGCCACCCGCUGCAGAUCAUUAUUAGUCUUGGGCAGCUCUACGGCGACGUCUUGUACUUUGCGACGUGCUCGUUUGACAAGCUCGUCGCGAAGAUGAUUUAUUGCCGGCCCGAAGACUUUUACUUUUGGUGUUACUACGUCUUCUUCAACGCCUUUUGGAUUAUCAUACCCAUCUAUCUCAUUGUCAAAAGCUGUGCGGAGACAAAGCGAGUCUUUGUCAAGGUUGCUGAGUUAGAAAAGAGCUCUGUAAAGAAGGACAUGUAG